AUGACUACAGCACCCCCGAGGCCAGCACCGAAACCCGGACGAGUCAGGGUUUAUCGAGCACUCUAUGACUAUGCUGCUAGAACGGAUCAAGAGAUGAGCUUCGCUGAAGGGGAUCUGCUGUACGUGAGCGAUAGAGGGCCAAAUGACGAUUGGCUGCCGGCAACAUGUGGCGGCAAAAAAGGGCUUGUGCCAGCUAAUUACGAAGAGCUGUCGAAUCCAUUGCAUGAAGCAGCUCGACGAGGAAAUAUCAAUUUUCUCAAGGAUUGUAUAAAUAACCAGGUAUCGGUGAACAGCCUCGAUAAAUCAGGAUCAACAGCACUGUACUGGGCAUGUCAUGGUGGUCAUCUCGGUGUGGUGAAGUGUCUUCUCGAGCAUCCGGGAAUAACCAUUUCAUCUCAGGCAAGCGAAAUAUUUGAAGUCAAAUUCUUUUCUAGCCGCUUUCUACCAGCUCAAUCCACCCAGCGUUUUGCAUCCAGCUUAGGAUGCUGUCCUCGAGACUACCUACGACUGAGCAAACCUCAGCGCUAUCCUGUCAUUGACGAUUGCCUCAGGAAUAAGCUGGGUGAUACUCCACUGCAUGCCGCUUCAUGGCGUGGUCAUCGAGAAUGUGUACAGCUUCUACUCGAUAGCGGUGCUAAUGCUUGGAUACGGAAUCGAGAUCAAAAGCUACCUAUUGAUUUAGCCAAGGAUGCUGAAAUAGCAGGCCUGCUUGACCAAGCAAUGCGGCGAGACACAAGAAAUGAAGAUUGCGAGAAUGAAUACGAAUCUGGUUCUGAUCAAGAGCAAUAA